UGAACGACUUCGAGAAAGGAGAAUGGUCGCUCAGUAAACAAGAGAACGAAGAAACAACUGAAAAAACGUCCUGAAUACUUGCUUCCAGUACGAUGCUUCACUCUGUAUUGACCAAAAUCUGUUAAGAGCAACGCGACCAGAUGUCCAGCAAACGGCAGAACUCAUCUCCCCAGGAGGACUUGUCACAGGUGAGGCAGCCCAUCCAGAUCAGCGGCAAGCCCGUGGAGCAGGUGCUCAACAGCGUCCAUUAUGGCAGCCCCGAGCUGCGCUGUCUGCUCAUGGAUGAGUGCGACCUCAUCUUCGAGUGCAAGGUCUGCCGGGCUCUGUUCCGAGACUUGCCCAACUUCAUCUCCCACAAGAGAAGCUACUGCACCGAGUCCUGCCUGGAGAGCAUGCACAUGGCCAUCUGUAGACUUCCCGAGGAGAAAGUCGUCGUGGUUCAGCCGCAGGCCCCAGAGGAAACUGAGGCUCAAGAGGGCGAUGCGUCUUUACGGGACGCUGGGCUGGUUCGAAGGACCAGACCUAGCCGCCCUAGCUUAGAGGAAACUGUUCAGCGAAUACAGAGUGGGGAGUUGGGCAGGUCUGAGGCGUACAGAGUCUACACGGAAGCUGCAGAGAAACUCCAGAGGCAGAAAGAAAGCAUGAAAGUGGCCACUGUAAGAACCACCGCAAUACCAACCAACAAAAAUGCUGUCUUUAUCGAUGUCAACGUGACCCCUGUAAAUAUUCAUGAGCGGCAGAACAAAGCGAGUGCUUCUGGGAAAGGAGAGGGUGACAGCAAGACGGCGUCCGGACAGAAAGUUGCGACGAGGAAAGCCGGCGAACGGGCCUCGAACAGCAAGCCCCACUCAUCUCAGGCGACCCGGAAGUCUAUACGAGAGCAGAAGCACUCGUCGGAGCUACAGAAGCUUCUCAUGCAGCAGUUGAAAGACAUCCAGAAGGAGAAGAGUAAGACGUCCAUGAACGCUGACAGCUCCCAGCACAGAGGAAAGGAAAAACUGACAACUGAAGCUCAGGGCAAACUGAAAGAGAAAACUUUGACGACUCAGAACAAAGUGAAGGAGAAGGUGAAAUCUGAGAGUCAAGAGAAAGUCAAGGAGAGAGUAUCGUGUGAGGCUCCGCGGAAAGUCAAGGAGAGAGUAUCGUGUGAGGCUCCGCGGAAAGUAAAGGAGAGAGUAUCGUGUGAGGCUCCGCGGAAAGUAAAAGAGAAGGAUGUCUCAGAAGGGGAGCAAAAACUGAAAGAGAAAGUGACACCUGGCAGCAGUAUAAGAAAAUCUGUCAAUUCCGAGGGAGGUCACCUGAAGGUAGCUGGUCAGAGUCCGGGCUCUGCUCUCCCCCAGACCACUCAGAGGUCAAAGGGUAGUAGAGGCACCCGAGCGAGGGCUGACCUCAAAACCGUUUCGUCAAGACGAUCAAACACGCCCUCUUUGACAGUGGCUCAGAAAAGGAAUGCUGUGUUCACGACUAAAGCCAUCAGUAUAGCUAAGAGCAGGACGAGGAACGCCAACAAAAAAUCCCUCAUCUGCUCCAAGUGUAAUUCGGCUUUCAGCUCAAGAAAGAGCUUGUCCUUUCACAUGAAGGUAAAUCAUUCUGAUAAGAAAACGUUUUAUCCCUGCCCUUAUUGCCCGAGUGUUUUCUACUACUUUUUCGGAGUCACGCGUCACUUGUUCAGGAAUCAUUCCAAAUCAACUGCGGAAAUCGACAGGAUGAGAGAGAAGCUGCGGGCGAAAGCGUACAGCAAAACAGUCCCGCCCGUUCCCCAGAUACAGAAGUCUCUGAUGCAGGAGUCGAAGGGAGUCAGGAAAAGCUCACGAGGCGUUGCUCUCGUCCACACCAUCAAACCGGCACGCACCACGGCGAAUAGCGAUGCGCUGUCGUUCAAGGGAGACAAGCAGUUGCCGUCGCUCUCUAGAAAAUCCGAUCGGCAAGAGGGGAAGAUGUCACCAAAACCAGCCACUUCAAGUGGGAAAAGUGAAGUGAAGAGUGGUGCUGUGAAACCCUCGCUUGAUUCUUCUUCUCAAAAACAAGAAACCGCGUCAGAAAGUCGUGCGGAAAGACUCAAGAGCAGAACUGUGAAGAAAGUAGAGGAGAGCGAGCCCAAAACUUGUCCCCUGGAGGUGUCUGUUGAGCCUGGCACUGGUGGGACCUCCACCCCUGUCCCGAGUCCCACGCCUUCCGCCUCGGCCAAUGACGACCACCAGGAGGGGCCGUCUCGCACAUGUCCCAACUGUGAGCGCUCGUUUGGACGUAAGAUAAGUUAUGAGAACCACGUGAAGGCUUGUAAGGGUAAGGACUCUGCCGUGCCUCAUUUGGCGGGGGCGGUGCAGGCAAAAGACGAUCAGUCUUCUGUGGGAAAAGAGAGAGAGAGAGAUGUCAGUCUUUCGAGAGGACAGAGGCAGGCAGGGGGUCAGUCUGCUUCCUCUUCGCCAUCGGUUGAGACCAGGACGAGAAAGGUGGAACAGAUAUCACCGGGCCGGAGCAAAACGCUGGAGUCAAAACUCAUAGCCAAUGGUAGCAGGGCAACCCCGAGCAGAGGCCGGCCGUCUAGUACCGAUAGAUGGCGCCAUCGUAGACCGGACGGGUCUCCUGCAUCGUUCCUACGCCGGGCACAGUCGAACAGUGCUGACCGCAGCAGGAAUGUACGGAGACGAGGCUUGAGCGGCCGGGAGAAGAGGGACUCGUCGGUGGAGAGCACACAGAGCAACGUGGAGGGCCGGGCCCGGCGCGAUCGCCAGUCGGUUCUCUCGAGGUUCGCCAGCUCUGCCGAUAAGAACAGGACCACGUCUUCUGUCCUUGUGAGGGGGAACCGACGUUCUGGAGGUCAGCCUUCUGACGGGAUAUCUCCGCGCCCGGUCAGAGACGGCAGAAAGUUAACCUCAAGAGGAUUGGCUGCUUUGGCGAAAAACGAUGAACCUUCCAAGCAUCCCACUUUACUUGUAAAUGAAACCAGCUGUAAACAGGAAGGGGAACAACAUUUCUCUAAAGCUGAGGAGUCACGCUCCGGUGUAGCAGCUCGUGCGGGUGGGGUUCCCAGUACCUCCGAACUAUCCAGUCUGUCUCAGAACCCACCUGGUGAAAGUUGUGGGAAGAGCCAUGAGCAGACAGCCUCUCCCAACAAACAGAAUAGUCAUGUGGAGUUGCCUUCUGUGAAACGAGAGGUAGUAAAGACAAGUUCACGAGGUGCACCAACGCAGCAGAGUCGUGUUGUGAAAAGUGAGGAAGAUUCUAAUACACUCACCAAAAGUACGAGACAUUUCAACAAUCCUCCGUUAACGGCAAAGCAGGAAUCUCCAGACAAAGAUGAAAAAACUCAAGAGCCAAAGCAGUUGUCAGUCAUUCCAGCAUUGGCAGACAGACCGAAGCGCAAACGCAAGGUGCCCAGUAAGAAUCGGGAUGCGGAGGAAAUGCUGUCCAAAAUUCACAAUACUCAAAGAGGACGGAAAAACAUGGCUGAUGAAUUUUCUCCAAGUUCAGGUCCAAGUGCAAAACGCAUAAAGUUAGAAAAAGCUGUUGGGAAAAGCUGUUCAGGGGAGAAAGUGAAAUCAGAGAUUGUUGGGGAUACCAGCAAGACAAUGGAUGUGAGUGAUGAAGAAAGCGUGACCAAAGGUGAGAGCGUGAGUGGCUCACCAAACUCACGAGAGAAAAAGCUCAAACGUUACAGCGACACACGAGUGAACAAGCUGGUGGACGAAGCCAAUCUGACGUGUUUGGAUUGUGGGGAAGUUUUCUCCCAGAUUUUCAGCUUGCGGAGGCAUAUCAUAGGACACCACCUGAAGUCGAAGGAAGUGAACGACGAAGGAUGUACGGCCAGAGAUGAGUCUGUGGAAGACAGCGCCGAAGAAGAGGAGGACGUGGAUGUUGGGAAAGGCAAGGGGAGAAAUAUUUCCAACCGCAUCUACGUUGUCGGUAAGUCAAACUCGCGAGGUAAAACACUGAAAUGCUACGAUCACGUGCAAGUGAACAAACUGGUGGACGAAGAUAACAUGCGUUGUCUAGCUUGUGGGGAGGCUUGCUCUCAGAGGUUCAACCUGCGGAGACACAUCAUCCGCCGUCACCUCAAGUGGUGCCGCUAUAAGUGCAAGUUUUGCCCGUUUAAAUGCUUCGACAGGUCCGAGUGUACCACUCACAUCGUGCGUUGUCACAGAAGCAUCUCCAGGGGCAAGGAGACCAAGGCCCUCACUCGCUUCAUCAUCGACCUGGCCAAACAGGGCUCGGAGGUACGCAGUCUCAAGAAAAACCAAACGUUGCAGCGCAAGCAAAAAGCACAGAGCUCUGCUGAGAAUAUUUAUGCUCGUCCAAACGUCCGGAAGGUGCCGCGACUGUCUCAGAGAGCCGUUGUAAAAGAUGCAAAUGUCCCUGAGUGCUCAAGGAGGAAUCAGGACGAUGAUGAUUCUUCUGCAUCUCCUUCUCUCUCUCCAGAGGCAGCACCGACUGGGAAGUCUUCGAUCUCUCAGGGAACAGACAGCAGGAAUCGUGUUGUUCAGUCAGACGUUGUUUCGAGGAAUUCUCCCGCUGUGAGGGCAGCAGUGGUGGGGGAGAAAGGGCCGGCAGUCAGUGCAAGUAAAUCUCCACUCUCCUCCAACAGACAGAUGAAAGAAAGCAAAGCAGAAGUAAAGGCAGUGACGGAAUGGGAACAAAGGAAACCAGAGGUGAAGGCCACGGGUACUGCGGUGAGAGAAAGCAGACUGAAGGGGGGUGGUGGUGGUGCCUCAAAACCUACGUCUGCCUCUGGGGAUUCUUCACAGUCCCCGUCAAAGGAGAGCACCACGUCCAUCCCAACCAAGGACUUAUCUGGCAAGCCUGUAAGGAAAAACCUGCCUUUCAACAUCUCCACUAGAAACUCGCCGCGAAUGUUUGACACACGCCCUUACAUCGACACAGUGGACAAUGAUGAUGACCUUAUUUCUGGCUCACAGACAGAGGUGGGUGAGGUAAGCUUAUCAUCCACUCACAGGCAGCCCAAAGACGCGUGCGGAAAGGAGGAAGAGGAGGACUCUGACAUGUCUUCUCAUUUGUCGGAAGAGGAAUCUGUUCCUCUCGCUGAUACACCCUCUUCCACUGAGGAUGCUGUUGAGAGGAAUAUUUUUGAUACGAUGAGAGAGGAGGUGUCAAAGGUCGACGGUAAGGAUGCACAAACUAGACAGUCGACUCGAACGGUUGAGAAAAAUCAAAAUUGUUUUGAGAUGGAUGUUGAGAGUGUCGGUGUGCCAGAGUGUGAGGUGGCAGCGGUGGGUGUGGACGGAGGGUACACGGUGCAGGUACAGGCCCCACAGGAAGAGCCCUCGUGCGUUCUCGCGCUGUCGCAAUCCAAAAAGGAACCGGUUCAGUUUGUGGCGUCGGUUGUGAAGGUCAACAAAUUUGCAGAUCAGGCUGGUUCAGUGGGCAGCACGGGCAACAUUUGUGAGGUAUUGUCUGUGAUCAAACCCCCGACUUUUCUGAAUUCCUCUACUGUUACCUCCACCGCUGCGAUUGGCUCGUCAAAAGCUACAGUGUCUACGACAGGUGCGCAGACCGGCGGUGCUGCACAGGGUGGAAGUAGCAGUUCUCCCAAAGUGGUGUCUCCAACGCUCUCCGUAAAGCCGGCAGCGAUAAUAGUGCCGCAGAAACCAGCCACUGUACUAGCUGGGAAAACAGGGUCGUCGCACAUUCCUCCUCCCUCCGCCAGUACUCAAAUCUCUGCGGCAGAGGAAGAAAAGACGUCGUCACGUGUGAGCAACGUCGCCCCUGGCAGUUCUCUCCGCCUCCCAGGCACCACCACCACAACAAUGACGACGACCAAAGGCAGCAAAGUGGUCGUGUUCUCUCGCUCGGCGGAGGCCGUGGAGCCGAUGGUGACCACGCGAACGUCCAGCAAGUCUCUGGCCAUGUUGUCGUCAUCCUCCGGAGCCUCGGUUCUCAAAGUGACGCCCAGCGAGGGCGGGGUGUCUGUGACCCUGGCCAGCUCAGAGCCGCCCGCGGGAGCCCCUCCCUCCAACUCUAAGUCAGCAGUAGCGCUCGCUACGGCAACCUCAGGGGAAGGAACGGCAACCCCCAAAACCUUCGUCAUUCAGCAGCACUAUAUCUGAUGUGUGCAAUGUUGUAGAAUGGUGCAAACUUGGUACUGUAGUGUGUAUAUAUUGUAAAAAUGAGAGGAUGUGAGGCUUUGAUGUGAUGAACGAAAAUUUUAACUUUGACAAGACAAGCCGCCUGCACAUGCAUUCAGGUGUUAAUAUUAAUAUUGUAUGUGUGGGGGGGGGAAUGUUGUGGUGUCGAAAAAGAACAGCAAUCUCUGCCCGUCUUCUAGACUUCUCUCCAGUGGCUCCCCGUAAGACGUAAGAGGAAGAAGAGAAUAAAUCAGAGUGUGUGAAGGUUACAAUCUAUGACUUAUGUUUGCUUACUCUGGUUUGCUUUUGUGGUUCCUCGUUGGUCGACUCACUGUAGAGAAGUUGAGAAGAUGAGCAGAGAUUGCUGUUUGUUUUUGACAAAUUUGUUCCCCAGCACCAUCGUUAAGGGAAUAAGCUGGCCUUGGCAGUGAGUGUGUGGUGUCGGCAGUCAGUAAUUACGUACGUUAUUUCAUCGAGCAGCGUGAGGUGGAAGAGGCGCGGACAGUAACAGUAGUGUCGGCUGGUGUCACGACGUCGUUAUUGACGUCAUAUGUGUGAGACAGCCUGGUGAAAUCAGGCGCUCGUCAAAAUAAUGACAUUUUAAGAAAAGGGUUUUUAUUUUUGCAGGUUA